UACAUGCCUUCUGCACAUGGAAGAGAACAUGAAAUAAAUCAGCCAAGUGCCGAAAAUAACGUCUAAGCUACGGUAAUCAUUAAUCUAAAGAACAUUGAAGAUCAGUCAAGGUUCCUGGCCGCAGCUGUUGGAGUCCAACAAUUUGUUGGACUUGAAACUUGAAAAUUUCAAUGGCCGCCAGAGAAUUUAUGGGGGCCUAAAGUUACGGAAGGGAAAGAAUGGCAGAGGGUGCAGUGAGCUUUCUGCUUGACAAGGUUGCUCGCUUUGUUGAAAAUGAGAUGAUGCUCUUGAGCGGAGAUCAUCGGGAAGAAGUUCUGUACCUGAGAGGAGAGCUAGAGCGCAUGAGGGCCUUCCUCAAGGUGGCAGAUGCAAUGGAAGAAAGCGACGAGGAGAUCAAAGUGUGGGUGAAGCAAGUGCGAGAGAUUGCUCAUGAAACUGAAGACGCUCUUGACGAAUUUACCCUUCUUCAAGCACAUGAUCACGCCGACGGACUCUACGGUUCUCUCCACAGAUUUUCUUGUUGUAUAAAGAACAUAAAAUCUAGCUACCGUAUUGUUUCCGAGCUACAAGGCAUCAACUCCAGAAUCAAAAGCAUUUGUGGGGUUCACAACAGGCUGCUGCACAAACUUAGUGGAGCCCAACAAGGUUCAGGCCCCAAGAAUGCAGGAAACACGUGGCAGGACGCGCUUCUUCUAGACAAGACGGAUUUGGUGGGGAUCGAUGAGCCGAAGCAGAAGCUGGUGGGGUGGCUGGUUCUUGGCGGUUCUGGGCGGGAAGUGGUUUCUGUCGCUGCAAUGGGAGGAAUGGGGAAAACCACCUUGGCAAAACAAGUGUACGAUGAUGCUGAAGUGAAGAAACAUUUCAAAAUACGCGCUUGGAUCACUGUCUCCCAAUCUUUCAAGAUAGAACUCAUAGAAGAGCUCCUCAAAGACAUGAUCCGGCAGAUCUUCGGCGUCGUCAGCAGAACGGUUCCGGAAGGAUUGGACAGCAUGAACAACGACCGGCUGAGAAGAAUAAUCAAGGAUUUGCUUCGGAAAAGGAGGUACUUGAUUGUUUUAGACGAUGUAUGGCGGUUGGACGUAUGGGAUGCUCUCAAACACGCCUUGCCCAAGAAUGGAUGCGGCAGCAGAGUGAUGCUCACUACACGUAAUGCUGACGUGGCCUCCACCUCCGGCGUGGAAUCCAUCGGAAAGGUCUACAACUUGAAUCCCCUGCCUCCCAAGGAGUCUUGGUAUCUUUUCUGCAGGAAGACUUUUCAAGGGGAUGCGUGCCCUUCUUAUUUGGAGGAAAUCUGCAAAAACAUUUUGAGAAAAUGCGAGGGACUCCCCCUUGCGAUUGUGGCGAUCAGCGGUGUUUUGGCGACAAAAGACAAGCGCAGGAUUGAUGAGUGGGAUAAGGUCUGCCGCAGCCUUGGAGCGGAAAUCGACGGCAACGACAAACUCAAGGAUUUGAAGAAAGUUCUUUCGCUCAGCUUCAACGACUUGCCGUACUACCUGAAAACUUGUCUCUUGUAUCUCAGCAUCUUCCCAGAAGAUUAUCAGAUCGAGCAAAUGAGGGUGAUUCGAUUGCUGAUAGCGGAGGGGUUUGUUGAAGCCAAAGAAGGGAAAACGCUGGAAGAAGUUGCAGAGGAUUACCUCGACGAACUCCUGAAAAGAGGGCUGCUGCAAGCGGCGGCCACAACGAGCGAUGGAAGGGUGAAAAUGUAUCACGUCCAUGAUCUGCUGCGAGAGAUCAUCGUGACAAAGUCGAGAGACCAGAAUUUCACGACAAUUGCAAAAGAUCUGAUCAACGGGAUGUGGCCCGACAAGGUCCGACGCCUAUCGGUACAUAACACCGUGCAAAAUGUGCCGGCAGUGCAGCGAAACAGGUGUGUUUCUCAACUGCGCUCUCUGUUCUUGUUUGGUGUGGUAGAAAAGAUAUGCAUAGGAAAACUGUUUGCUGGCGCUUUUAGGCUGCUACAUGUGUUCGAUUUGCAGAACUCGCGUAUACGAAAGUUCCCAGUUGAUAUUGCGAAUUUGUACUAUUUGAAAUAUCUAAGCUUUAGGGGCACCAAAAUCAAAAGCAUUCCAAGCUUUAUAGGGAAGUUGCAGAACCUUGAAACUUUGGAUCUUAAGCAUACCCGUGUAACUGAACUGCCCGUUGAGAUCUUGAAGCUCACACGACUGCGCCAUCUUCUUGUAUACCAUUUCAAGCUUGAAUCUUA